AUGGCAGCGCCCUCGAUAUCGGCGGCGGUGAUUCCGCGAUUUCUCGCACCUCGGCUUCAAUGGUCUGCAAGCAGCUCGCGGCUUGUGGCGCAAAGCACAGUAGAAGCAAGGCGACAUGGAUCUUGUUGGGCGGCGUCGGAGCGUCGCAUGCCACUUUCGAAGCUCUCGCCUCUCCAGACAGCAGGGACAAGACAAUGGCAGCAGCAGAGAUGGUCACAACGCACAAGUGGGCACGGGUCUGCUUUGGAGCUUCAGCGCAGCUUCAACGCAACGGCGAAGCAGGCCAGAGAUCACCAUUUCGACACGCUCAAGUUUGUGCAGCGGCUGAAAGAGGAGGGGUUCACAGAAGAGCAGGCUGAGGGGAUGAUGAGGGUGCUCAGCGACGUGAUUGAGGAGAGCAUACAAAAUCUCACACGUACCAUGGUGCUGCGCGAGGACCAGGAAAAAGCUACAUACACGCAAAAGGUUGAUUUUGCAAAGCUGCGCUCCGAACUCAUGACGGCCGACUCGACCGAAUCCAGUCUUACACGGGCAUCACACGAGAGGCUCACCAACGAACUUGCAAAGCUGAACUCGCGACUACGGGACGAGAUACAGAGGACUCAGGCGUCGGUCAGGCUGGAUUUGAAUCUAGAGAAGGGGCGGAUUCGCGAGGAGGCCAAUGUGCAGGAGCUCAAGUUGAAGGAGACGGACACGAGGAUCGAGCAGGAAACGGCACAGCUCCGGGAGAGGCUAGAAGCCGUCAAGUUCUCGACUCUGCAGUGGCUGAUGGGAGUGUGUACAGGUACGGCGGCGCUGAUGCUGGGAGUGUGGCGAUUGUUGAUGUGA